CGAUCUGUAUCCUAGCAUUGGUCUGCCGCCUGUCUUAGCUUGGGCAUGAUGAGCACGAGGUGAGCUCACCUCUUCAACUUGACGGACGAGCUGGGUGAGCUGCUCUUCCUUGCGCACGUACUUGGUUUCGUCGCUCAGCGAUGCAAUCUGUCCACUCGAAGCCGGACGAGCCUGCACUCGGCUCUCAGCCACUGAGCGUUAUACAGGGCAUCGUCAGACGUACAGAGGGCGCCAUACUGCUCGGCUCUGUAAAGUUCUGCGUCCAGCGUUUCGACAAGUCGCGGAGUCGACCAUCCUUGCCGGCGCCUUCGAUGCUCGGCGUGAGCUGUUCUCAUCUCAUUCUCUCCUCCUCGUCACAGCAAUAGUUCAGUAGUAAGACAUCCACCGACGACACGAGCCGGCACACUCUGCAACUCACUUCACGUCAGUAGAUCCUCCUUCCACGCCGACAGCCGACGAUCCUCGGCACACUCUUUCAGCAAUGGCACGACGCCUCCUCACACUCUCGCUCAUCGCACUCUCACUGUCUAUGCAGCGAGCAGCAGCAGAUCCCCUCAUACCCAAUAAAGGCAAUGUGCAUCCGGCAAGCGAUACGGGCAGCCGACUCGGCGCGCGCAGACUCAAACGAGGGGGCUCAGCGACCGUGUAUUCGACCUGUACGACCUCGGGUACCUUUGCACUCACUUACGACGACGGUCCCUAUCUGUAUGAAAGCAAGAUCGUUUCGUACCUCAACGCGCACAACGUCAAAGCAUCCUUCUUCCUGAACGGCAACAAUUAUGGAUGUAUUUACGAUCAAGCCGAUUCGAUGAAGGCCGCCUUUCAGGCCGGUCAUCUCAUCGGAAGUCACACGUGGACACAUGCAGACAUUACCAAGCUUAGCGCUUCAGAACUCAACAAGCAGCUCGAUCUCGUCGAGAAUGCUUUCCGCAAGAUCCUUGGCAUCAAGCCCAAAUGGUUCCGGCCUCCGUAUGGCGCAUACAACCAAGCUGCUCUCGAUGUCCUCGGCAAUCGAGGAUACUCGGUCGCAAUGUGGUCGCUCGACUCUGGCGACUCGACCGGCGCCUCGCCAGCUUCUUCAGAUGCUCAAUUCGACUCGCAAGCAAAUCAGUACCCUAGCCCUGGCAUCGCCUUGUCUCACGAAACGCUAGCAACCACAGCAGGCGACACGACGGAACAUGCAGUCACUGUGCUUCAGAAAGCGGGUUAUCGACUCGUCUCCGUGCCAGAAUGUCUUGGCAUGAGCUCGGGCUCCUGGUAUGAGGUCAUUGGCGCACCGGGCACGAGAGACAACACCUGGACGUGUGAAGGCACGCCCGCCGGCUGAAGUAGAUCACGCUCGCUAAUCCAGCAUCGCAUAGUAUAGCAUAGUGCGCGUCAAACAUGCAUAGCAUCGUUUCAAGUCGUCU